AUGGUCUGCGCAAUGUUCGCGAAGACGAUUGAAAUAUCUUUCGUGACGGUCUUCGUGGCCUUCAUUGGUCAGGUUUUGACACGUCGGUCAUUCGUCAAGUCGUCCAAGGGGAUGACCUUGGCCGAGAUGACGAUGAGAAACUGGGUCAUUCAACCUGGGUUCAUGUUGACGCAUUGGGAAACCCUUCCCUACGCCGCAGUCACAUUCCUCGGAGCAAUCUCCCUUAUCGCGACCAUCGCGUCGACGUUCUACACCACCGCUUCUGACGUCAUGGUUUCACCCAAGCUGAAAUACGGCGGCUGGGAGAGCAAGGCGUUGAAUGGUUAUGUUCUGUCUUCUUACGCAAACACUUUUGCUACGCAGGAUAGCUGCCCGACACCCCUGCGCAAGGAAGAUCCAAAUGGACCGGAGUUUGCUGCCAGAUCGUGCUUGGACAUUCAGUAUGCCGGGCAAUCCUAUCGGAACUUGGUAUCUUUCUUGACAGUGUGGGACGAAAUUAACCAUAAUGGUACGGGCGCCUCUUUGGACAUGUCUCACCGGCCUGUGGGAACCACGCUGUUGUACGACAAUACGACCUUGACUACAACCUGGGUCAAAACGGAAUACAGCAAUGUAACUCGCCAGUACGAGGAGAAGGGGAGGAUCAUUCACAAUGUAACCCUUGCAAUGCCCCAUCCCGGUGUGUAUGAUGCCGCAACAAACCCCGUGAAUAAGAUCCUCCAACCGAACGAUCUUUCAGGUGUUGGAGAGUAUGCUAUUAGAGCGAGCGUUGUCUCCCCUGUCAUCAAUGUGAUGUGCGUCAAUAUGAACGAGGAGGAACUGGCACCUCUCAUCUAUACGAAGUGGGAGAAUAGCCAAACAAAUGCAACCGGGGUUGGCAACCAGACUACCGGUUGGGCUGGUUGGGAGGGAGAGGUGCCUCAUCCCGAGGAAGAUGAGUGGCUCAACCGAACAAGAGUCGAUGACAUUUUCCGCUGGGGGCCAACAUACGAGCGUCGGCCGCCCGUGUUCCAGCUUGUGUAUCAAGGAGAUGCCAUUUACCUCCUGGCCAAAUCGGCUUCCAUCACUAAUUACACGCUUUGUGAGAUGCGUUCCUGGGUCACGCCCAACUGCUCGACUCAUUUCAACAUCUCUGGCACCGCUGGUUCACAUAUGCAGGCUCACUGCGAAGAUCCCGAUGACCCAGACAGAUACGACCGUUCCGUGCCUGAGGUCACACCUGAAAAGCCUGAUGGCGAUUGGAAGAAUAUCGCAGAUCAAUGGCGACUCUCGAUGGAUAUCAACGGCGGAACGGUGAACAAUAACGCCUCCAACGCCCGGACACUCACGCAAUUCAUUCUAGAACAGGGCAAGCUCAACCCGCUGCUUCCCUCCAUGGCCGAAGCGCUCGCCGUCUUCGCCUCGUCAACCUUGGUCAUCGGCAGUAUAGGGACGCCCUUCAUCCAUUACUGGGACUAUGAAACGAUGCAGCUGGGAGAACCAGGUGCUCUCGCUACGUUUAACGCCACGAUCCGCACGCAGGAGUACACCUCAUCGCACGAGUACGAAUGGCAGAACGUCUUCUACCUGGCUCUGGUCCUUGUUUUGCUCAUCAACAUCUUCUGUCUGGGCUACUUUCUCUCACGCUCGGGUCUGGUCACCGACUACACAGAACCACAGAAUCUCUUCGCGCUGGCUGUCAACUCGCCGCCGAGCGAGCAGCUCAAGGGCAGCUGCGGCGGCGGUCCCAUCAAGGCCGACUUCGUGGUACCCUGGAAAGUGGCUUACGCCAAAGGCCCAAACCACUACUUCUUCGAGGAAGCCAACGGGCAGACUCGGCGUAAGAAGCAAGACGCCUCGGCCGACAUGGAGUACCAGCGCGCUAGGGAGCGGAGCAGUUACAAGAGGCUCAGCACAAGCCGCACGUGGUUUUGA